GUCGAAUCCGAAUUCUUUUGCACCUGUGGGGGAAGAGUGUACAAGCGGCAUGCCAUGGCCAAUGCUUCAUGAGCGAUGGUCGUAAUUACUCCCUCGUCUGCCAGGAAUGGCAAUGAACAUCACCCACGUUGCGGGUGCACUACUAGUUCCUUAGUCCGCAUGUCGUUCGCUGUGCUGCAUUAUCGCAAGUCCGAUCUUCUCGAUAUCUUACAUCCCUCCCAGUCGCAUUUUGAUUCUCGCCAUGUAUGGUGCCUAUUCAAACGUCAAUUACCCUUACUAUGGUCCACCGUAUCAUUUUCCCCAUGGAUAUCCCCAGCAGCCACCGCGGUCAGAUUUCCCCAGCGCUUCUGGUCACAUGAAUCCUUCUGCUGCAGAUCCAUGGUCGAGAGAGAAGGUUUCGUUUCCCCAACCAAUGGGCAUGCUGCCCCCUCGACCACCGACCACCGAUCAAAGCCCUCCUUUCAUACCCCCGGACCUGGACAUACAAAGCGCUGGCCGCACCCCGCGCCCGCGACCAAAACGACAUCACUCAGUUAAUCCUUCUUCAUUCACUGAGAAGCCUUUGAAGUCUGCUUUGAAGCAGAAAGGUGUAGCACGCUCUGACUCUGUCUCAGUGCCUAUCCAGAGGGUCAGGACCAACUCAGACGUUCGUCAGAGGCUAGCACCAAUGACUCGCACGCGUACAAACUCCAAUCCCUCCUUUCAACCCGACCACAUGUUUGUCUCGUUCCAUGGCUCAAACGAACUCCGCCUGGGAAACGUAGCUUACCAGGACACUCUGGAUGAGAUACGCGAACACUUCAUACCGAUGUGGCCUCAUGGGGUAUCUAACGAGGUAACAUCGGGUCAUUCGUGGCGCGUGACCCUCUCGAAAAAUCCAUGGACUGCAACGGGAUCGGAGGCCACCAUUGUGUACAGGAUGAUAUCUGAACUUUUCACUCGUCUGUCCCGUCAUGGGUAUCGGUACCUAACUUCGUUAAAUACUGGAUAUGCACAUCCACAACUCGUCUUUAAAGAUGCCCAAAAAGACGAAGACUCAGAUUUCUUCGUGGCCUAUUUGUCGCGCUCGGGACGUAAGAUUACUCUUGUCCGACCACCUCAUCGCAUCGGUGAUCAGCUAGGUUCCCGUUUACGUAGCGUGUGGCCAUACAAGAUUGCCUCUGAUAGGGCGAGUGAAGAGGAGAUAUACACGAUCGAGCUGAAGCGCAACGCAAUUGGAGCACACAACGUUGACAGAGAUAUAUUUGUUUCGCAUUCUCUGCAAGAAAUUAGUCUGAUGGGAUUCAAGCUGGAAGCUACUGUGAUGUUACCGCCAACUGGGAUUUUUGGAUUCGGGGACAAGAGAGAGGUGUGGGUCUUCCGGGGAACACGAAUGCGUACUCGAAUCAAUUCACGGAGUGGCCCGGCGGGCUUGAACGCCUCGGAAGCUGGGACGCGGUCAGGCCAUUAAUAAGUAGUUUUGACUGUUCGGCUUGUUACACAAGGAUAUCGACGCCAACUGCGUUGUUAGGACUCCAUGGGAGUCGGAGUAGUCGAGCAGUGGUCACCAGGGGUCUACAAUAACCACAGAGUUCGACAUCUUGUACUACAUCUGCAAAUCGUUCUCUACCUGAAACUAGUAGGAUUGUGUUGGGAUGCCCAUGCAAAAGCACUACGUCAUCUUGAUAACUUUCGAGCCAUCCACGAUACCCGCAAGA